AUGGAACGCCAGCCUUUGCUUUCACAGGUCGGCAACCUUGUCGGCAGGGGCCAGGACGACGAGGAAGGCCAGGCGGCUGGUGGUGAUCACCCUAUCUUCCUUCGUGCUGCUCAUUCGCCAUGGAGGCCCCUCAACCAGAAUGCCUUGGGCUACAUCCGGGCUGCUCUCGUGGCCUACUUGAUCGCAACAGCCGGCAUGCUGAUCGACUACGAGACCAAACAUCGGGAGAGCGAAGACACAAAAUGGCGUAUUCCUUUCCAGUUCUCCGCUGUCACCUGGCUCCUACUGAUCAUUUAUCAUAUCAUUGUCUUUUCCUGGACCAUCACCCACAUGCACUGGCCCGACAUUGAUGAGAAUGAUACCCGCUGGGAGUCGCGACUACUCCGCUUCAUGUCGCCCCCUGAACAGACUGCCGAUGAUCGCCGCCACAUCUACUUCAGCCUGUUCCAUGUUGUCACCCAUGUGUUUGCCCUCAUAAAUGUCAUUGUGUACUGGACGAUCCAGGUACCCAACGGCCGUGCUCACUUGCCAUCUCCCGGAGAGGGCGGCGGCGAUGGAGGUGACGGUGACGAUAAUGGUAACGCCUUUCUUAUCUAUGGAUACGGCGACAGCAAGAAUCCCUUCAAGGAUAUCUACUCCCAAGGCUGGUUCCCCAUAUACUGUCUGUUCAAUCUCUAUGUCUUCCCGGCUAUUGAGGUCGUGAUCGAGUCAGUUGUUUUGAACAGCAUGAGACGACCUGAGCCCGUCCCGACCCACCUAUUCACCAGCAUGGGAUUUGCUGCAUUGUAUCUAGUAUACGCGGCGAUCGGCGCGAAAGUCACCGGCCACAAUGCCUUCUUCUGGCUGGAUGAGUCGAUCGUCGGCAGCAAAGAAAAGGUGACAGCAUACUGCGCUGGCUUCAUUGCCCUGGCAGCUGCAUCUUUUGCCACGCUUUAUGGUCUGGUCGGCAUGCGCGAAAGUGUCUCUGACCGUCUGCAUUCGCGAUAA